ACAGAACAUGCAAGCGCUGUCGUUCGUACGUGCGCCUGUGCCAUCGCCUGCAGUUUUGAAGUUCCUAAGGAUCCAAGCCGAAUGUUUGCCAUUCCUUGCAUCGCAGUCGCAAGUGCGCCGAAACCACCACCAUGUUACGCCCGACACUGCUCGAACACGCACCUUGACAAGUUCGCAACGUAGACCUUCCCUGAGAAUCGCGGAACAACAGUCACAACAACCCUCAUGUCGUGGAUUCUGGAACAGUGCGUCAAAGUCAAGAUGGCAAAGGCCAUGGCAACAAGCUCGGCCAAAGAAGACGGCUCCUCUACAGCCAAACGACCUUCCACCCCUGCCCAGAUUACUUGACGAUGCGGGAGCUACCAGUCUGGGGCGUAUCGUCAAACCGACGAACGAGCUUAGGAUGCGGUGUACCGAGUUCGACGGCGAUGGCAAAGUCACCCUGGUCAAUGGCGCAUUCAAGAAGAGCGAGCUCAUAGCCAAGGUAUUACUUUACAACUACAAUGAUUCAGAGCACCAUCUGACUAUUGGGCGCGAUAGNUGUGGUCUCCUUCCUCGCGACCUUCGAAAAAUCGAUUCCGCUUCGUUGCCGCAUAUCCUCGUACGCCCGUCGGCCAUCCUCAUCAAAAUCUUACACAUAAGCUGCCUCAUCAACCACAAUCGCGUUCUAGUGUUUGAUGCAUACGGGACCACAGACUCGCAUACACAGUCAAUCUUCAUGUACGACUUGGAAGGCAAGCUCCAACUACGAGAAGGCCGAUCUGCCAAUACUCUACCAUACGAGUUUCGUGCGCUGGAAGCCGUCCUGAUAAGUGUCACUUCUGCGCUCGAGGGAGAGUUUGAGGGCGUGCGCGAACCCGUUGUACAAGUUUUGAGAGAGCUCGAAGAAGACAUCGAUCGUAACAAGCUGCGUCACUUGUUGAUCUACUCGAAGAAACUGGGUACAUUCGAGCAGAAAGCACGCCUAGUUCGUGAUGCCAUCGAUGAUCUUCUCGAGGCAGACGAUGAUCUGUCAGACAUGUACUUGACCGAAAAGGCCAAUGGUGUGAUGCGUGAAGAGGACGACCAUACCGAGGUCGAAAUGUUGCUCGAAUCCUACCACAAGGUGUGCGACGAGAUUGUGCAGGCGAGCAGUAACUUGGUCAGCAACAUCCGCAACACGGAAGAAAUGAAGUGGAUUGUCAAAUCCUGGCUGACAAUCGCAACAGCNGUCAAGGCCAUUCUGGACGCCAACCGCAACUCACUGAUGCUCUUGGAUCUGCAAUUCACAAUUCUAGCGCUCGGUAUCGGUGUGGGUACCUUCUUCGCCGGUCUUUACGGCAUGAACUUGAAGAACUUCAUCGAGGAAACCGAUUUCGGAUUCCCACUGGUCAGCAUCUCUUGCGGCGUCUUCUGUAUGAUUGCCAUCGUCUGGGGUAUGAGGAAGCUUCGAAAGGUGCAGCGACUCAGCAUGUGGGGCGAGAGUGGCAGUCUCUCACCAGAGAAGCCCAGCCGUCGUGGCCGGGGCAGCUGGAGGGAAAUUGAUCCUCAAAGCCAGCUGUCUGGCGAAAACAGAGUCGACCGGACUGUUCGUUGGAAACAAGACCAGCGAAUGAACAAGAUG